CCUUGCACAGUCCAGGAGGUUAAAUACAAGUAAACAACUCCCAGUAGUAGUCUUAUUGAUUUUUAUUCAAACAAAUUCAGUCGAAUCCUAUUUUGAGCUGUUCAUAAUCAUCCGAUGAAGGCUCUUUCGAUUUUAGCUGCGAGUUUAUUUUGCGCGUUCUUUUUGUACCGACAUGUACAUGGGAGUGCGGGCAUCAUCAACCACUUUGCGAAUGCCGCCUCAUCCUCCUCUUCCACGAGAAGAGAGCAGGAGUUUAAUCAUGCACGGCAUGUGGACACGCGACCUUGGGAAUCUUUCGUGUUCGUGGUGCCUAACGUCCUCUCCGACAUCGGAAUGAAGUGUGCCACCAUAUCACUAAAUUUCUGCGUAAUGGGCUACCAUUACUCUUCGAUGCAGACCAACAGAAGCGUGGAGGCCCUGGAUUUUUUCAUCUUCGGUGAUUUGUUGAAACGCCAAUACAAGUACAUCAACUGGUUCGACUUCAACCCACUAGCACAUAGUUAG